AUGUCUUUCAGCUGAAGCCGAAGUGGGAAUGAUUCCGAUGAAUCUUCUUCACAUGGAAUUGUGACAACAAUAAUAAUUUCAUCUAUCUCAGGUUUUUGCUUCUUCUGCUGCUGCUUUUGUGUAUAUAAAAUUAGAUCAAGCAUUAGACGAGUAAGAGUCCGAAACCUGGCUACAAUAAACGCUGAAAGAGCUCGACAGUAUGAAAUUUUGAUUCAUAAUCAAUCGGCGUCAAUAAUUCCUGAUGAUCUACUAGAACUCCACUUGCCUAAAAUAGUUUUCGAUCAAUCUCAAGUUGAUUGGGAAGCCAAAACCUGCUGUAUUUGCUUUGAAGAGUAUUUUUUAUGUAGCUUUUCAGAAGGGAGCGAAGUCAGAAAAUUAAUUUGCAAACAUAUUUAUCACUCUAAAUGUAUAGAAGAAUGAUUCAAAGGGUCAAUCGAUAUACCGAGGUGUCCAGUUUGCAAAGCAAAUCCUUUUAAUGGAAUCAGCGAUAAUUCUGAUUUAUUACUAAGUCCUCAGUCUCCAUUGCUGGUAGAAUAA